GACCCUGAUCCCAACUUCCGUUAUAGAUUUUGACUUUGUUGACAGUAAAAUGUGAUAAGACAGCAUGGCAUCAGCAAGUAUUGCAGAUUACAGUGAAGUAGAAGACAGCAAUAUUUACCAACAGUUUUAUCAGUAUGACUUUGAUAAAGAUAAGUCUUUCCAAAAUGGAUUACAAAAAAUUAAAGAAAGACAGAACUGUACAGAAGAAGAUAUUCUGAACUCUAAAUUAUUUUAUUUUUCAAAAACAUUCCAUCCAGUUAAUAAGAGUGAUUUCAUGACAUGGCUUAGUGAGCAAGCAGAUAAAGAAGAAAGUCAGAGCAGUGAUAGAAGAGAUGUUGAUUCCAAAACAACUGCAGAAGAAAUAAAUACAAACAAUAGCAUGGAUUUAAUGACAGCAACUGUUUCAAAUGGAACACAAACUGGAGGAGAAAGAGACACCAGUCAAGAAAUCAAAAAUGAAGAAAAAGGGGAGAUAACUGUAUUAAAUUUAACAAGACUACCACCAGACAAAAUCAUAGAUGAUACUAGUAAUUCUAGAGAAAGUGAUUUAUCAGAGAAUCUGGACAAAGUUUUAAGUUUAGCUGAUGUUGCAGAAUUUAUAGAAAAAGGACUUCCAUUACCUGGAAUUAAGGACUUAGAUAUAAAACCUUUACAAAUUGACCCUCAUCCAUCAUCUCUACAAAGAAAACUUAAACCAUGGGAAAAGUAGCACUGAAUUUGUGCCAAUUUGAUUCAGAUCCCGGUUUUGUUUGUCUAUGAUUACUAUGUACAUCAACAUCAAGAGUUUGUAUUGUAGGACAUGUAGCAAGUGGAGCCAAACAAAAAGCAGAUUUUAAUUAGAUUAGAUUUAUGUUGGUUGCACAACAUGAUAUUGUUUAUUGUGAAUGUCCUGGAUUAUUAAAUUAUUAUCUUUAUUUACACAAAGUGAAGGCUUGUAAUAUGAUUGUAAAAAUAUAUUAUUUUAUUAUACUGAUAUGGCUAGACAUUUUUUAUGCUAGAGAUCUGUAAAUGAACUAAAAAUAAUUAGUUUUAAAUGUUUUAGGGUAAGAUAAUGUUGAUGAAAUUAUUGUUUCACAUUUAUAGUGAUGCAUUUUUCUUCUUUUUAAAGUUAAAACAAAUAUGUCAUUGUGAUUGAAAGAUUACCUCAAAUGUAUUAGUUGAAAGUACAGUGAAAAACAUUUCAUGCAAAUUAAAUAAUUAAUGUCCAAUAUUUUUGCCUUAAUUUUAAAGUUUUAAUCUAUGAUGACACUUUUAGAAAGCGUUGUUUAGAAGGGUUCAUUCUCAUUUAUCCAACUUUUUAAAAUUAUGGGUAGUACAGGUAUAAAAAAAAGUUGGAUAGAUGAGAUCAAAGGUAAUCAAGAACAAAGGUUUUUUUCAAUUAGAGUUUGAGUUGAAUGACAGGUGAAAAAUAAGACUGAAAAUUAUACCCCGAUUAAAUUUUCUGUAGUGUAGUAAUAUUUAUGUUAAAAUGUGCAACUGACAUUUAGUUAAUGAAAUGUAAAUCAUUUGAAAGUAUUCAAGUUAAGGUUUUUAACCGUUAAUUAAAAUAUGAGUUGGAUUAAA